GAGGCCUACACUAUCAUUCCUCACACUGUGCUUAGGCGCACUAUCGAUCAUGAGGUAAUAAGGAAGCGUGAAGGAACGUUGAAACGGCGAAAGGUAGCGGGAGAGACACGUACUGUUCUGGCAACGAAUUUCGGAGUCUUGCUGUUCCUAUCAGUCUUCGACGGGGAGCGCGCGACUGUGCCCGCGGUUUUGUUGUACCGGUCCCACGUAAAUGUCCGCAGUGGUGCAGUGCGACACAAAGAUCUAUCAUACUCCUCAUAUACGUCUUCUUUUUACCUUUUUUUCCCGCGCGCAUGAUUGUCAAGGGGAUAAUUAUCUAUCGAUAAUUAUUUUGCUUGUGUCUUUCUCUUCGUCGCGUUUAGACGCAACACGCUCUCUUGAUUGAUAAUUGUGCCGCAUGUGGCGUAGCUAUUAAUCGUGGCAUAAUGAAUUGAUCGUCGAUUGACGUAAACGUGACUUUGCGUUUCAUAACGGAAGAUUACAUAUGUAGAAGGCUAAAGACAGAAACAAUAUAACAAUACAAUGCAUUGAUGAUUGCGAAUAAAAUUGCACACAGGCCAUAAUUUCUUAUCUAUAUUUGAAGCGUCGAUUAGGAUUUCCUAGAUUUUGUAUCCAGUUGACUCAGACUUCAUUAAAAAAUUACGCAAAUCGCAAAUUCUAUGUUAAAAAUUAUUCGAUAAAAUUUAUAUAUUAAACAAAUUAUAUAGAAUUUUAAUAAUAUAUAAGCCUGCAAUUGGGAAGUGCACUUUAUGUUACGUUUGUACAGUUUAUUUCCGUGCUGCAAAAAGAUUUAUGUGGUGAAAUUCGUGUAUAGUGUGAAUAACGCUUUCGGUUUAGGACUUUCGAACACCUUCAGUGAUUCCGUUUGUCACACUCGUGAUCGGAUUACGACACGUUAUAUUAUACAAUAGAUAAGAUCAGUUUCGACGUAAUGAGGCUUUAUGUAAUAAUGACCCUCUAAUCGAGAACGAAAGUGAUUAGACAAUCGUAAUGUUCUUGAUCUAGUUUAAUAUUGAUUUUCAUCUAUGGGGUUCACCUUCACUCGCUACACAGUGGUGUAGCGAUAUUUAUAUUUCAGAAAAUAAUCGCUGCUCAUUCGCUUAUAAAUUACAUCAAUCCAUUACAAAAUAUCAACAACCUAUUUGCAAUCGUAAUUAAGUGAAGAACUCUGUAGUUUCCAGAAGCUAGUUAAGUUACUCUAGCGGUUAAUGCGUGAAAAAUGGUAUCCGAGCCGGUUUCUCCACCUGACACUUCCUUCUUAUUUCCUUGACAUCGAUAUUCAGCUCAAAGCCUUCAGCAGAAAAUCGUUAAUAUAAUAACGAAAAGAAAUUGGCUCUUGCUCAUUGACAGAAAUUUGACAUCUUGACAAUUAGUUUAUUAAAUACACAUACACACAUCGCUCAAUAGCAUACGUUCAUGGUUUACGCAAUUUAAUCGCGACACAUAUAUAUUUUGUGAAAAUUAAUCGUUCGAAUAAAUCUCAUUUAAAGUCCGUCGAUCACCCAAAGCUCACGAGGAAUAAAUGUCGUCACCUCUUGUUAUCGUCGCAUAACAACGUUGGUAGGCGAUGUAUUCCCAUAAGUCUGUUCACCAUCAUGUGGCGACACCGACUACGUACAUAUUACGGUGUCUCGUAGUUGUCACUAUGAUCGUCGCUGCGGCCACGUUUUUGCAUAUUAACAAUUACAGGCCCAAACAAACAUUCCUCUCCUGUGACAGACCGUGUCAUCAUUUAGAUUGGCCUAUGAUCUGCCGGGUGAAACUCACAUUAGAAGUCUUCCAAUCGCUCAGCAAAUCAUGCGGUGACUGUCCAUCGAACCAGACGGCUUGUCUAACUAACCAUUGCGUUUCCGCGGAUGGACAGAGACGGGGUAUACUUACGGCCAAUCGUCAAAUGCCGGGACCCAGUAUUCAGGUUUGUGAAAACGAUAUUCUAGUGGUGGAUGUGAUAAAUCGUCUUCCUGGUAAAGCAGCAGCGGUGCAUUGGCGUGGACAAACGCAAAUGGAAAUGCCUUACAUGGAUGGAGCACCGUUGGUCACGCAAUGUCCAAUACCAAGUUACACGACUUUCCAAUACAAAUUUCGCGCUUCCAUACCCGGCACACAUCUCUGGCACGCACACGCAGGAGCCGACGUCACGAAUGGCAUUGUCGGAUCGUUGAUUGUAAGACAAGCCGAUCUUCGAGAACCCCAUCGCGCUCUUUAUGACAUCGACGAUCCUAAUCAUGUGAUUCUGGUGACUCAGUGGCAACAUUCACCGGAAGUAUCGUUUAGUCAGGGUUACUCGAAACCAGCAAUUCUUUUAAUCAAUGGAAGAGGCCGCCAGCCCAACGGAUCCACAGUUCCUUUAAGCGUAUUCACGGUUAUUCCAGGACGACGUCACAGAUUUCGCGUCGCUAAUGCCGGAGGCGCCGGUGCAUGUCCGGUGACGCUUUUCAUCGACGGCCAUGCGCUUCUCCUAAUCGCGCUUGAUGGACAUCCUACAGAAUCGCGACAAGUCACUUCGAUUACUUUGGCUAAAGGUGAAAGGGCGGACUUCGUCCUCAAAGCGAGCAAACACAUCGACUCCUACUGGAUAAACGUGCACACGGCGAAAGGAUGCGGAACGGGCGCGAUAAAUGGCGCUGCAGUACUCAAUUAUAAAGGUAACUCGGAAAAUUCUGCAGCAACCACGGAAACUAUCGAUCAGCGCGAUAUCAAUAAGUUGGAGACGGACCGGCUGGCCAUGACGACAAAUCCCACUGAGGGCUGCGGCGAGCAAGAGAAUUUGUGCGUUAUGGAUAUUCAAAAUAUCCGCAAAUUGCCGCCGGCUCUGGCUAAGCCCAAGACGGACGUAACACUGUAUCUGCCGAUUAACUACAAGAUUCAAGCGACGGAACUGAUAGGUAAUGGCGGGACGGAGACGCGAGUGUUGAACGUGGACAACGUCACUUUCACAUAUCCGUCGUCGCCGCUAUUGACUCAAAGAGAGGACGUGUCCCCGGGGAUGCUGUGUACCAACGGUGACGAGGACGAUCUCAGUGAGAGCAACGAGACCGUGUCGCGACGCCGAUACCGCCAGGUUGGCGACGUCAGCACGGAUGACAUAUGCGAGUGCGUACACGUGCGCCACGUGCCACUCGGAGCGACUGUCGAGAUUAUUCUUUUGGACCAGGGUGGUUUGGAUGAUCUAGUUUACCACCUACACGGCUAUAGUUUUUACGUAGUGGGCGCCAGACAAUUUGGACGAAAUAUGUCACUGCAAGAGGUGAAAAAACUUGACGAGAGGAGGCAGUUGUUCUCACGGAAUCUCAAUUGCACACUGGCUAAAGACACCAUCGUCGUGCCCAAGUUCGGUGCCGUAGCACUGCGGUUUAAAGCUGAUAAUCCUGGAUAUUGGAUGUUGCGGGAUGAACAUGCGACCGAUUGGACUCGUGGUUUAGAUAUUAUCUUGCAAGUCGGGGAACCUAGCGACAUGGUGGUCGCGCCACAGGACUUUCCCAAAUGUGGAUCCUUCGUUGGACCCGAUUACUUCCUUAUAUAG